AUGGCUGUCCAAUUAUCUUCUACUGCAAUUGCAUACCCCACCGGCCAUACCAAAGAGACCGACAAACCGUAUCCAACCUUUUCCUUCAUCAACAACGCUUUCGUCGAAUCUAAAUCUACAGAAUGGUUUGAUGUACAUGACCCAACGACCAAUUUUGUGGUUUCAAAAGUUCCUCAAUCAACCGAAGAGGAGCUGGAAGAAGCAAUUGAGUCGUCCCACAUUGCAUUUCAAUCUUGGAAAAAAGUCUCCAUCAUCAAGAGACAGCAAUUUGCUUUCAAGUUGGUUGAAUUGCUGAGAGAGAAUUUUGACAGAAUUGCCUCCGUCAUAGUAUUGGAGCAAGGUAAAGUCUUUGCUGAUGCACAAGGUGACGUUUUGAGAGGACUACAGGUGGCAGAGCAAGCGUGCUCUAUCACGUCAGACUUGAAGGGGUCCUUCUUGGAAGUUAGUGCUGAUAUGGAGACUUCAAUGGCAAGAGAGCCAUUGGGAGUGAUUGCAUCAAUAUGCCCUUUUAAUUUCCCUGCUAUGAUUCCUUUAUGGACCCUACCCCUGGCUAUAGUGACAGGCAAUACAACGGUCAUCAAGCCAUCAGAACGGGCGCCUGGGGCUGCAUUGAUUAUUGCUGAGCUAGUAGAGAAAGCUGGAAUCCCUCCUGGAGUAGUCAACAUUGUCCACGGAAAAGUCCCAACGGUGAACAAGCUUAUAAGAGAUCCCAGAGUGAAAGCUGUGACUUUUGUUGGGAGUAACAAAGCCGGUGAGUAUAUCUAUCAAGAAGCUACUAAGCAUGGAAAGAGGUGCCAGGCUAAUUUAGGAGCCAAGAAUCAUUUAGUGGUUCUCCCAGAUGCGAAUAGAUCACAAUUCGUUAAUGCUAUAAACGGAGCUGCCUUCGGAGCGGCUGGACAAAGAUGUAUGGCAAUUUCUGUCCUCAUCUGUGUUGGAGAGACGAAAAACUGGGUUCAGGACGUAGUAGAUUAUGCCAAAGGGUUGAAGAUUGGAAGUGGAUUUGACCCCAGUUCUGAUCUAGGUCCAUUGGUAACCCCAAAUGCUAAAGAGAGAGCAGAGAAGAUCAUUGAAAAGUCAAUUAAGCAAGGAGCAAAAAUUCUACUGGAUGGAAGAGGAAAACAUCCUGAGCAGUAUUCUAAAGGAAAUUUUUUGGCACCUACAAUUCUAGCAAAUGUCAAGCCCGAUAUGGAUUGUUACGUAGAGGAGAUAUUUGCUCCGGUUUUGUCAGUCAUCAACGUACAAACCUUGGAUGAGGCUAUUGAGAUUAUCAACAAGUGCCCUUAUGGCAAUGGGACGUCAGUCUUCACGACGUCGGGUCCUGCGCAACAAAAGUUCACCAAGAACGUUGAUGUUGGCCAGAUUGGGGUUAAUGUACCUAUCCCUGUGCCAUUACCUAUGUUCUCAUUCACUGGCAGCAGGGGUUCCUUCCUAGGAGAUUUGAACUUCUACGGGCAGGCAGGGCUGAAUUUCCUCACUAAGCCCAAAACUAUUACGAGGCUAUGGAAGACUUCUGAUUACGAGGAUUCAGCGAAGACCACAUCGAUGCCAACACAUACCUAG